AUGUUUUUAGGUUGCAACGAUUCCUACUAUGAGCUCUCAUUGAAAGCGGGUCUACUGCAUCUGCGAAUUCGUCUUCCUGCUGAAGUUCCCUCCGACCAGCCCGCCGAGGCAAUCUCACCCACCACCUCAGCCACCCUCGCCGCUUUCAAAUGGUUCCAGUCAGCACGAGCAGGUCACCUGUCCGUGCGCGAGACUCUCCACGCGUUUACUGGACUGGAGUCGAGGCUAGACGAUGGCCAGUUUCACGAUCUCUUAUUGGAACGCAGUCCUGACCAGAUCCGCGUCAGCAUCGAUGAAAACACAGUCUUUUUUCAACAGUUUAGUUUUGAUAAAAUUCGACCAGGUUUUCUCGAAAUUCAUCAUGUUGUUCUGGGAUCCUUCCCCGAUAAACCCGCCGAUCAGAAAGGAUUCAAGGGUCAAAUUCGACAAGCUAUUCUGCAAGUUGAUGACACGACCCUCAACAUUCUACGGUUUGCUGAGAACUCCCUCCACGGAUUUGAAAUUGCGGGUACCCCCCCAACCAAAUGCGUAACUAAAUCAGUUCCAUUCUCUCCAGUCUCACUUCGACAAAUUUACCUCCUUCUUCGUCUUCCUAUGCCCCUGACAAAGUCGAGUCCUCCACCACUGUUCAACAAGCUACCGAUGCAGGCAAAUCACAUCCAUGACUGGCAGCAAAUUGAAAUAGACUUCGAUUCUCACUCAGAAAACGCUCUUCUCCUCCUUCUAUUUCACCGACUUGGACAGCUUUCCGCUCCACUCUUGGGCGUAGAACUUCGAGGUGGAAUUCCCUGGUUGGUAACUCAGAGGCAGUCACUGGAGAUUAGUGCAGAAAAAUCCAAUCUCCUUCGAGUGGGUGCUGGAAAAAUCACAAUUCCUGGACGGCAUGAAGCGGCGAUCAUUGCAGCGGGUUAUACCACAAUUAAAUACUUCGUGGCCAUUGACAGCAAUGAAUUUCGACCGGCCUUUGAGGCAGAGGUGGCAGGUGUGUUGGAGUCUGCUUCCGAGGGCUAUGGCGGCACAGCACUAUUUGGAAGAAACCUUCUUCUUGGGGGUAGCAAUUGGACCGCAGAGGGGGAAUUUGGUCGAGGCCUCGAUCACUUAUGGAGCGGUCUUGGCAGAAGGAGGCAGUUCAUUGGAUGUAUUAAUCAUCUCAAACUGAACGGAGAGGUGGUCGACUUCGAGCCAAUAAUACGCUCGCGUCUUAGGCAUCGACCCUUGAAAAGGGAUCAACAACUUCAAGCUGGAUGCAGACCCCGAGGGAAUUGCAUCUGUCAAAAUGGUGGAACUUGUGUGGACGGAGAAUGCAACUGUUUGGCGACAGCGUUCAGUGGAGAAUUUUGUCACAUUCCCGCCAAAAUCCUAGACUUCGACAAAGAGCACCAGCUACGAUUACGAUUUCUCUUACCUCAUCGACUUGAAGCGACGGAGGUUCAGUUCGCCUUCAAAACGCGGACUCGUAAUGCUACCCUCCUUUCCUCCUAUUCACAGGGUUCCUUCUCCCUCAAGAUGAAGUUUUUCAAUGUCAUUCAGCCUGAUGGAAUGAGCGUCGAUCUUAUAAAAGGAUGCCUAGGAGUUAUGGUGAUGCUGGACGGUCGAGAAUAUAGGCUGAACAUCCCAGAUCAAGUGGCCAAUGAUGAGUGGCAUAUUUUACGCAUUUUGAGAACAGCCUCACUGCUGCGAGUUCAUCUGGAUGAAAAAGUGUACGAAAAAGGUGAGAUUUUUUAA